UCUUCCCUCUACCCUCCUAUCUCCAUCUUCAUCAAUGCUCGCGCCUGCUCCUCCCAAGGUGGAGGACACCAAUACCUGCACCUGCACUGUUGCAUGCAAGAAUAAUGACACGAGCGUAAGCGUAAGCGUCUCGGGAAGCCUUGGGAGUUGAGUUGAGCCGCGGGUGCCCUUCCUUCCCGUGCCCGUACAUUUUUGCUUGCAUUCUCCCCCCUCUAUCUCUCUCCUCUCUUGCUAUUGCUACAAGCAUGGACACACGGACGCUCAUGAUCAUGGCCUUGCCGCUCACCUUUUGGCGUGCAUUCGUUUCUUCUUCUUUAGGGCCUUCGUCGAUCGCAGCCGGCGCCAGGGAGUCUCCGGUCAUCUACACGCGUGAAGCACGCCAUGAGCGGCCGCAGCACCCUUCUAUGCCUUUGCGCGAACGCGAACAUGGACGCGACCGGGAUAGGGACAGGGACUCGCAAGCCAACGAGAGUGCAAGUGCGUCGCUCCGCAAUGCGUCUCCGCCGGCGCCGGCGCUGUCGCUGUCAAGGCAGCCCAAGAGCCGGUUCUCGCAAGUUUCGGCACAAACGCCGUCCCUCCCGCUUGGUGUCGACGCGCCGCUUGACAGGGACGGCAGGGAGAGGAACAAGGAUAGGAGCAGCAAGUAUUUUGAACGCGAUGCGGCGCCGCAUCAGCGGUACCGUGAGCGCGAGUACGAGAAAGAGGAUCUUCUUGACCGCGAGCGAGGCAUAGCACGUGGCCGGCGCGAGCGCACUCCGGAAGAUGCUGCUAUGAUUUCCAUGUCGAAGGGGCGGCCCUCGAACAGGCCCAGGCACGACAAGCGGCCUUCGAUCUCAAGGUCUGCGUCGGAGGACUGGGAGCGCUCUCCGAGACCGAGGUCGAGGUCCCCGGUCCCGCCACCUGCUCUGACGUUAACAAUGCCAUUGCUAUCGUCUGCGUCCGACGCACAACGCUCUGCACCUGUUCCGGCGCCCUCGCUGGGCUUUGGUCACGGCUACGGACCCAACGCGAACGCUGCGGGCGGAAGACGACCACCGCUCCCUCCGCAGAAUGAUUCAUACAUCUCGGGGUCAAGACAUAACAAUGACGUGGCUCCUCCGCUGCCACUGCCGUUCCCCCCGCCGCAGUUUGGAAGCGAUGUGCAUCCGCCGCCUGCGGGCCCGCGCCAUCCUCGACCGCCGUUUCCGCCACAGUUUCCGCCUGAUUCUGCGAAGUUUGCGGAGUUCCAGGGUACUGGGCGUCCGAAUGUGUCGGUGCCUAUGCCGGGUGCGGGUGCGAGUGUAGGUGUGGGUGUCCCGGCGCCGGCGCCGCCUGUGCCGCCGUUUGUGCCGCGCCAGAGGAGGCCGGAGUAUAAGCCUGUCGAUCGCGAGAAGGAGCGGCGCGAGAAGGAGGAGAGGGAGAGGGAGGAGAGAGCUAAGGAGGGUGAAAAAGAAAGAGAGGACGGUAGGGAGGUGAGGAGGCAGCAGGAUGAUGAUAUGAGGGAGUUCGGGCGGGAUAGGGACAGGUCGUCGCAUUAUCGGGCGGCAGGGCACGUUGGUGAGGAGAUGGUUGUGGAUGUGCCGUCGCCUUUGUCUGCGUCCGUGUCUGCGCGGGCCGGGGCUGGUGCGCGGUAUGAGCGUGACCGCGAGGAAGAUAGAUAUGGGCGCAGGGAGAGGGAGAAGGAGAGAGGGAGGGAGAGAGACGACCGGCCGUACGAGGAGGUGGUGCCUAAGGGGCCACGCGCGAUGGCUGCGCCGGGUCUUGUACCAGAUGUGAGGGACAAGAGUGUUCCGUCUGACAAGAGCGGCCACACAGGCAGCGCGUACGAGGAUCGGAAUGGCGGUCGGCAGCCACCACUUAUGCGUGCACAGUAUGCUGGGCCUCCACCCCCGCCUUCGCUUUCGGUGCAGGUGCCUGGACAGGAAGGGUAUUUUCCGAAUGGUAUCUCGCCUAUUGAAACGCAGCCGAGACGCUCGGCGUUUGCCGGGGACAGUGGCGCUCCUGCUCCUGCGAGGAAGUCGAGUAGGUUUAGCGCGAGUGUGACUGCGGAGGUUGGAGCGGCUGCAUCGCAGGCAUCAUGGUCAAAUCAAAGUCCUGUAGAGAAGGCUGACGUCCUUGCUGAGUCACCGGUUACUUACCAAACGUCGCCCACGGAACUGCGCCAUGCCGUCCCCGCGAAGUCGGUCAACCCUGAGAGCAAGCGUUCAUCCCGUUUCGGCCCGCCCGUACAACCCUUGCCGGAGCUGAAACCAGAGCGAGAGCAGUCAGCUGCUAUGAACGACCGUGUCUGGAUCCCUCGCCAAGCACCGCAAGACAGUCCGAUGUCUGCCACUGAACCGCAACCUCUGUUCCAGCCAAGCAUGAGCGAGAUUGCUGCUCGCCUCGGGGACAGGCAGCGCACUGUCACGCCUCCCCCUGAGUCGAGAGAAUCCUCGAUGGCGUCUAGCUGGUCCGCUCCGAUGCCCAUGGCGCUUCCUGCGAGCCUUCCCCCGAAGCCGAAUGUGUCCCCACCGCCGACACCGAGCCCGCCUGAGCAUAGUCCAGCCGUGUCGAAGAGACCGCUACUUAUCGGUGAUCGCGACCAGGGGUCAUUGCCGGACCUGAAGGCUGGGAGUGGGAUGUAUGCUGAUCGCCCUCAGCGUGGCCGUAGGGGCUCGGACAGCCGUGGUGGAGGUCCUGCACGCGAGCGUAGGGGUUACCCUGCGAACAAAGAGGACGCGGCGGUGUACGCGCCUAAAUACCAGCGCAACCACCAAGAUUGGGAGCGAGAUACCUCCACUGCUACGUCUGCGUCGGCUGCGGCUCCUGCUGGUGUCCACCCCGACCGUCUUCGCCUCAUGGGGUCCAUGGCCCCCGGUGGAUCAGCACCUAUGCGCCCACCUCGCGGGGAAUUCAACAACGGCUCGCGGUCACGGCACCCACGAGUCUUCGCAGGCGACGGCGGCACCCCUCCGAUGUCCUCACGUAUUAGCGACAAGCCGGCGCUCCAAGAUCGCCUCGAAGACAGCGGCGCGUACGGCAACCCAUAUGGCCACGGGCGGCGCACCGACCGGCCUAGCCUCGUCCGGGGCGGUUCGCUGCUCGAUCGCUUGUCUGAUCCCGCGCCGCCGAGCGCGGUGCCGAGCAAGCGCGGGCGGGGCGACGUGUUUGCCGAUGACGUUGCCGACGUGGAUAUGGUUGUGAACGAUGGAGCCGGCGUUGGUGCUGGCAAUGGCGGCGCAGAGGGGACCAAGAGGGCGAGGUGGAAAGGCGCAAACUCGGGCGAGCGCGGGGGUGGUGGUGGGGGCGGUAGAGGGGGGCGUCGUGCGAGCUUUACGCGACGUGUCCAGUAGAAGGUUGGGCGCUCGUCACGACCUGAUGGUAUCUUGAUAUCCUCUUUCCGGCUCCUCUCCCCGACUCGCACAUUUUGCUGUCCUCUAUACGCUCCUCACGCUUUACACCUCGCUCUAGUCCAUUGCAUUUCUUCUCCACUUUUUGUUGACCCUACUUGUUCAUCUUCCCCAAACUCAAAAUGGAAAGCCGCACAUUACGCAGCUUAUCGCGCACGUACGUUACCAUUGUAGAUACUCACUAUUCAGUACUCAUUGUCACACAUGCAUUUGUCAAUACUCCACCUGUU